AUUGAAUGGCCCGCCGUACUGAGCACAAGUUGUAGCACUUGUCGGCUAACUAGUGAGAGUGUUAUUUUGAAGGUUAUGACGGGAAGACAGGGGUUAUAUUCCCGCCAGCUUCUUCCAUUGCUCACUCAGUGUGCUAGUGCUACUGCUGCUGCCUACCAGUGGUGGUCUGCCCUCUUCAGCUAUUGCUGCUGGGGACUGUGUCGCAUAUUUCCUUUCAACUUGUCGUCUGUCAGCACCUGGUUGCCUUUGGACAAGGACGGUGUGACGUCCAGAUUCGUCUGUAAGAACUUAUGUGCCUGAGAGUCUGACACACGUCUGAUCAAUGGCUACCUCAGGCUCUGCCUCCAUCACCGCCGCCGCCACCGUGCCUGAGGAUUUCCAUUAUGAAACCAAGUACAUCGUGCUCAACUACCUGGGACUGCUGCCUGCUAGUAGAUCACAGACCGCAUGUCAGGGAGAUGGCCAGAAUGAGAGAGAGAGGAUGACGAUGAUAAAGGGGCAGAUAGAGGAAGAGCUGAGACAACUGGAAGAUGAAAUCGCUGCCUCCUUUUCAACUACAGGCUUUGACCGGCACACAUCGCUGGUGUUUAAUCCCGCCAACCCAGAGACCUCUGUUGAAGACUGCCUUGCUGCAGUGGGAGACCACGUGGUCCGAGAGCUUGACACACACCUGGCAGAAGCCGUACACAGACUCUUUGAAGGGCCUUUGGAUUACCAGAAAUUCAGAGACGCAACAAUGGAACUCUCAACACACGCACAGGGAGGAUGGAGCAAAGUGCUAGUGCCUUUGGUGCUACUCCAGGCUUUACAAUACGAAGGCCAGUCACUGGAAACUCUGUUGCACCUUGGGGUGCGCUUCCUAGAGGAGGAUGAAGCUGGCUACAUCAUCCAGCAAGGAGGAUGGAGUGAAAUAUUCAAACUUGAGUCAGAGGAGGAGCGAGGUGUGACCAUCGCUGAAGACAGCAACGACAUUUACAUCCUCUCAGGAGAGCAGCAUCCUGACCAGCUCAGCCCGCCCUCCUCGUUGCUCUGCACCGGAGACAACAGCAGUGAGCAGAGCUCCUGGCAGACGGAAAGCUUACCUGUGUCUCUGGCCGGCCACGAGUCUUGGGCACAGGUCGGUGUGAUGGACCCCGAAGACGUCAAGAGCCUGGACAGCAAUGAGGGCAUGGCUCUGGCCGAGGAGCGCAGCGAGAACAACUCCUCAAACUCUGACAUUGUCCACGUUGAGCGCGAGGAGGCCGAGAUGCUGGAGGAAGGCGGUGAGGUUGGAGCGAUAGAAGAAAGCAUGAUGAGUGUUUUAGGCACAGAGAGCGAGCUGGCCGAGCUCAGGGGAGAAUUUAGGGACCAGACUCCACCUGUUCCAUUGUCAGCCGAGGCAGACUCCACAGCCCCAGCCUCCCUGCUGUCAUUAGAGGACGCAGUUGAAAUAGAGACGCCUCCAGUCUUGUCAGCAGAGCCCUCCCUCAUCUCCUCUGAACCAGAGCUACUUCCCCCAAUCCCAGAAGCUUCUGUACCCCCUCCCUCUGCGCCAGAAAUGUUUGCCUGUCCAGUAGUUGUAUCUGUUCCUGCAGUAGAACCAGAGCCUGAGCCAGAAAUUUUUGCCUGUCCAGUAGAUUUAUCUGUUCCUGCAGUAGAACCAGAGCCUGAGCCAGAACCUGCCCCAGUGCCUGCUGAGGUGGCAACCCCAUCAAUAGCCAAGGAAACCCCGGCAGCACCAGCGGAACCUGAAGCCACCUCAGAACCAGCCCCUAAACCGGAACAGGCCGAGCCCGACGCAGUGCCUCCCCAGCCACAACCAGAGACUGCGGCAGAGCUGGAGGCCCCACAGGCUGCAACCAUUGUCCCGGAGUCCCCUGCAGCUGAAAAGCCCCCAGUGCCGGAGCCAGAAUUAGAGCUCCCAGUGCUGCUGUGUGGAGGUGCUGCACUGGUGGCCCUCGCUGCUGUAGUGGCAUACGGUGUGCUAAGCUUCAGGAGGAAGUAGAAAAGUAUCUUUGUCAGGGAAGGAAAAUGAAAGUUUCAAGGUGUUAGAAAUAAACUGAUAGUGUUGGAUUUAUCAACUGAGGCUGCAUUUUUUUUUUUUUCUCAAUCUCCCACGCAUUUGAAGGUUUCACAUCUGUGAAAACACCCCCACAAUCUUACUGCUGAGAGUCAGACGCAGAAAGGGGAAAACCAUGCACUCCACUGUUCUCCUGAUUUUCAAUGUUUUUCUUCUCUUAAUCCUUUUUUGGGCAAUUUUGUGUUAGUGUGGUGGACUUUUAUCCCUCUUCUGCUAGUUUCAGAUUCUUUUGUGUCUGUGGCUCACUGUUAGGAUUGUUUUGUGCCAUUUGAGUCAGUGUACUUUCAUGGAAAAUUCACUGACACUCCCUUAGCUGAAACAAAUCUCAAAGCCCAUAUUUACUGUUGCUGUAUGACUAGGCUGUCUGGCAUUUUAUUUAUAACUCCCCCUCUUACUGUGAUGAGUUAGUUUGACACUUUCUGAUAUUCAAAUUUAAACCAGUAAUUUGAUUUUAGGUGUCAGUUUGAAAUUGCUGACACAGAACGGGCAUAUUUGGUUAGAUUUAUGUUCCAUCUUUCCAUAUUGCACAAGGGAUCUGUAACACUUCAGAUGGAGUGUGUUUUUAGUUUUUUUGUGUAUUGAAAUAUUAAAGAUUUUGCCCAAGAA